AUGGAGGUCGAAGGCAAAGGAGGAGAAUCUGGUCCCACCACCACCACCAACCGGAAAUUCGCACUUCCGGUGGAUACAGAGAACAAGUCAACAACUUUCCGGCUAUUCUCCGUCGCUAAACCUCACAUGAGAGCUUUCCAUCUCUCAUGGUUCCAAUUCUUCUGCUGUUUCGUCUCCACUUUCGCAGCUCCACCACUCCUCCCAGUCAUCCGCGAGAAUCUCAACCUCACCGCCACCGACAUCGGAAACGCCGGAAUCGCCUCUGUUUCCGGCUCUGUUUUCGCUCGUCUCGUCAUGGGCACUGCAUGCGAUCUCUUCGGUCCGCGACUAGCCUCCGCCGCGUUAACCCUCUCCACCGCUCCCGCCGUGUAUUUCACCUCCGGGAUAAAAUCUCCGAUCGGAUUCAUCAUGGUACGAUUCUUCGCCGGAUUCUCUCUGGCGACUUUCGUCUCGACGCAGUUCUGGAUGAGCUCUAUGUUCUCCGGACCCGUCGUGGGAUCGGCUAACGGAAUCGCCGCCGGUUGGGGAAAUCUCGGAGGUGGAGCGACGCAGCUUAUCAUGCCGCUCGUGUUCUCGGUGAUUCUUAAACUCGGAGCCACCAAGUUCACGGCUUGGAGGAUCGCUUUCUUCAUUCCUGGUCUUUUUCAGACACUCUCUGCUUUCGCCGUUCUCUUGUUCGGUCAGGAUCUUCCGGAUGGAGAUUAUUGGGCAAUGCACAAAUCUGGAGAGAAGGAGAAAGAUAAGGUAGGGAAAGUGAUCUUUAAUGGCAUCACCAACUAUAGGGGAUGGAUAACAGCAUUAGCAUAUGGCUAUUGUUUUGGAGUAGAGCUCACAAUAGACAACAUCAUCGCGGAAUAUUUCUUCGAUAGGUUCCAUUUGAAUCUCAACACGGCUGGGAUUAUAGCCGCGAGUUUUGGUCUUGCCAAUUUUUUCGCUAGACCGGGAGGAGGAAUAUUCUCGGAUCUAAUGUCUAGACGGUUUGGGAUGAGAGGAAGGUUGUGGUCUUGGUGGAUUGUGCAAACACUAGGAGGUGUGUUAUGCGCAGUUCUUGGCCAAAUUUCUUCGUUGCCAUGGUCUAUAGUUGUCAUGCUCAUCUUCUCUGUAUUCGUCCAAGCUGCUUGCGGACUUACUUUUGGCGUUGUUCCGUUUAUCUCUAGGAGAUCUCUUGGCGUGGUGUCGGGAAUGACAGGUGCGGGAGGGAAUGUAGGUGCGGUCUUAACCCAAUUGAUAUUUUUCAAAGGUUCGACAUACUCGAGAGAGACGGGUAUAACUCUAAUGGGAAUAAUGACAAUCGCGUGCACGUUGCCAAUUUGCUUUAUAUACUUUCCGCAAUGGGGAGGUAUGUUUUGUGGACCUUCCUCCAAAAAAGUAAGUGAAGAAGAGUAUUACCUCUCCGAAUGGAGCUCUAAAGAGCAAGAAAAGGACUUACAUCUCGCAAGCAAGAAAUUCGCCGAAAACAGCGUUAGCGAAAGAGGCCGAGCCACAACUUAUCCUCAAACUUAA